CUACUCUACCAAGCGCAUACGAUACAGGCCAGCCGAUAAAUACAGCCACCGCAUACUCUUCCCUCCCUCCCGCAGCCCCGCUGCUUCUUUUACCACCGCAGCCGUCGUCUCUUCCCGGUCUCGCCCCCGCCCGCCGCCUCUUCGUCCUCCUCAACCUCCGCCGCCGCGCCGCGCUGCCCCUCCUUCGCGGCCUCAGAAAUGGAGGCCAGUUCUAGCACUGCUCUCUAUCCUCAGCGCCGCUGCAAAAACAUCUACCUGGUGAGGCAUGCUCAGGGCAUACAUAAUGUGGAGGGCGACAAGGAUCAUAGCGCCUACAAGUCGCCUGCGCUGGUCGAUGCUCACAUCACCCCUUUGGGCUGGAGCCAAGUUGAUUACCUGCGAGAGCAUGUGACAGAAUGUGGAUUGGCGAAAAAGAUUGAGUUGGUUAUUGUUUCCCCUCUAAUGAGGACUAUGCAGACUGCAGUGGGGGUCUUCGGUGGUGAGAGCUGUACUGAUGGAGAAAGUGCAUCACCAUUGAUGGUAGAAGGAGCUGGACACAGUGGACGUCAGGCGAUUUCAAGUUUCAAUUGCCCACCGUUUCUUGCAGUCGAGGCCUGCAGAGAGCGCUUGGGUGUUCAUCCCUGUGACAAGAGGAGCAGCAUAACAAAAUAUCGCACUCUCUUUCCUGCCAUUGAUUUUUCCCUGAUAGAGAAUGACGAAGAUGUUCUUUGGGAACCCAAUGUCAGAGAAGCAAUUGACACUGUUGCUGCUAGGGGCAUGAAGUUCCUUGACUGGUUAUGGACAAGAGAAGAAAAUGAGAUAGCCAUUGUCACCCAUAGUAGCUUCUUAGAUUUCACUUUAAACAUGUACAGUAAAGAGUGUCAUCCAACCAUAGCAGAGGAUAUGCGCAAGCGCUUUGCGAACUGCGAGCUCAGGUCGAUGGUGCUGGUCGACAGAAGUAAGCUUGGAUCAGAUACCUCUACAUGCGAUUUCCCUGGGAAGAUACCGGCCAGACUUGAUCUGCCUAGUGAUGUCGCGGACAAGAAGCACAUUGAAGAAGCUAGCAGUGGGAACCGAGGAGCGGUUGGUUGUCUAGAGCACACGCACAUGAGCUUGCCCACUCGCCUCAUUUCUACCUAACAACGUAGAGUCAAGGGAGGAAACUUCCCCCCUUUAAUCACACUAGUUGAGUGCCCGUGCGUUGCCACGGGACAAUAAAUUUGUACGUCCGUCAUCAUUGUUGUUGGUCGUCAACGCUGAUCCAACCUUGCUAGUUGUCCCACUAUUCUCCACAAA